AUGGGGAUGGUCGGCUACUACAGAAGGUUCUGUAAGAACUUCUCGCAGGUAUCAGCACCUUUGACAGACUUGCUGAGUACGAAACGGACAUUCAGGUGGUCAGAUGAUUGUCAGCAAGCCUUUGAAGACCUGAAGCGCCUCUUAUGUACCGCCCCCGUCUUGCAAGCUCCUGACAUAAGUAUACCGUUUACGAUACAGGUGGACGCCAGUGACAGUGGUGUGGGAGCGGUACUCUUACAGAGAAGCGGAAUGGCAAACGAAACAUCAUUGCGGACGCACUCUCAAGAUCGUAGGUGGUGUGGUCUGCACUCAGUGGCCGCUGACUCGACACUGCGAAGGACAGAGGACAGGAUGCACAACCGCUCGCUUAUAUUUUCCAUUGCAAGGUUUAUUCUACCAGAACUGCCUGCUUGUGCUCUGGCUCUUAACCACAUCACACUUCAUAUUCCCUUAUACUAUAAGCAGCUAUGA